AUGAGUUUGGAGCUGCAGAGAAAUGGUUACUUCUUAUUGAUCAACUGCUACCCUGUACUUAUAAAUCUGUUACUAGAAGGAAGAUGGUCUAAGGUCAAGACACCUGAGAAUGGUAGAUGCUGUUUAGUUGGUUUUACUGGUUCUGCUAUUCUCAGUUCCACAAGUCUUCCUUAUGAGGCACAGCAGAAGGUACACAGCAUUACAACGAUUGUGGAAAGAGAACUGUUUAAUCAUGCUGCUUCAGAGGAUGAGUAUAAGAAUCAGGAGACCUUGGCCCAACGAAUGCAGAACCAACUCCAAGGGACAAUAUUCAGUCCGCAAGUAAACAGUUACAAUACUUCCACACCUAUGAAGGGUCCCUCUUCUGAGUUAUCACAUGCUUGGUAUAACAGAAAUCAAGCAGACCCAGUUUUGCAGAUGCUUGCUGCUAGUGACAUAAAUUUCACUGAUUUUAGCAAGGCCAAUGUGGACAAUACUAAUAAAUAUGAAUUUUCCAAUGGGAGGCAGUCUCAUGCUUCUGUUGGCAAUGAGAGAACUUUUCCUUAUAAUGACUUUUCAUCAUUUCUGAGAUCCGUUGAUCCAGAUGGGUUUUCUAACUCUAAUGCUCCUGGUGGAACAAGCAGUCUCAAUUCGAGCUUCAAAUCUAUUUUCUCCCAUUUACAGCAUCAACAGAGAGAUCAUGUGGAGAAGGAUUGGAGCAAGUACGAUGGAAAUCAAUCUUCACCUUUUGUCAUUACAAUGAGAGAAUCCCCACUGUCUAUGCAUGGAAAUUUAAUGAUCUCUCCAUUUGUGAGAACGGAAGCUUCUCAAGCUUUCAGUAAUUUUACCGUCCAGAACCCUUGCUGUCAGUAUUCAAGCGUCAAUAACUUAAUGCAGUAUCAGCCCCAGAAUUUGCAUAGUCAACAAAACUUCCAACAUUUUGAGUCGUCAUAUGAGCAGGGUGCUAAUGCAUAUAUUGCCAAGUCAAGACCCUGCUUUGCAAGUAAACAUGAACCUUGCAGCCAACUGCAGGGGCAGAAAAUACUGAAUCAAUCUCAGCUUCCUUCAACACCUAUGAAUGUAGGUCAACAAUUUUUUUCAGCAAGUUCAGCAUGCCUUUAUGGUUCUAAUAGAGCUGCAGGGGUAGCUCUAAGACAUUUUGAUGAAUGUAGAAGUGAUGAUUAUCGUAGUUCAGACUCUUCAAACAUCAUGACGAUGGAUUCCACUGUGAGAGGUCAUGACAACUUGGAAGGCAUUUCACCACCUUCCAAAAGAUUGAAAAUAGAAGCUACUUUUGAUGUUUCCGUGAGCAAUAGUGAUAUUUAUAAACUAUGGGAUUCUCAGAUGGUUCUAAACAAUUCUCCUGAAAGGCUUCCAAAAAUGCCGCAACAACCAGAAUCUUUCUUUCCUAUCUAUUCCAAAGUUACGGACAACAAUAUGGAAUCAUCCACGAAUGCAAAACAAGAUUCUGCAAAUUUUAGCAUGACAGACAACAAUGUGAUUGGCAUAGAAGCUAUUCUUUUUGAAUCAAGAGAAGCUAGUCAUAAAUUACGGGAUUCAUAUCCCAAAAGCAAUGAUGAGGUAGCCAGAAACAUUGGGGAAAAUGAUAGUGGAUCAAAUUCAAAUUCAAGUAAACAUACUUUCAAGAAAGAUCCUAGUGUUGAUAUAGGCGGUGUACAGGAAAGAGGUGGCUUUGACCAGGCUGGGAAGAAAACUACAAAAGAAGUUAUUGGGCCAAAAGCUGAUCUGGAAAAGGCAAUGGAGUUUUCAAAUCAAAAAAUAAUGACUGUUUCAGGUGGUGUAUUUGGACAAAACUUUGAUAAUGAGACUCUUUCUCAAGGUCCAGAAGUUGAUGGUGUAUUGGAGAAGUCAUACCUUGAAAGCAAUGGUCUGAUAGCCAGAAGCUCAAUGGAUACUGUUAGAGGAUCAAGUCUCAGUGUCCAAGCUUUCCAAAAAGAUUCUUGUGCUGAUAUGGAGGGUGUACAGGGAAGAGUUGGGUUUGACCAGGCUGGGAAGAAAACUACAGAAGAAGUUAUUGAGCCAAAAGCUCAUUUAGAGCAGGGAACAGUGUCUUCAAAGGCAAAUCCAGUAAUAAGUGGUGUUUCCUAUGAUGUACUUGAAAAAACUUACAAGAGUGGGACUACCUCUGAAGGCAUAGAAGGUGGUAACACAUUGGAGGACUCAUACCUCAACAUUGAUGAUGUGAAGUUGACAGUCAGUAAUGCACCAAGUGAUGUUGGCAAGUCAAAUUCAAGUGAGCGCACUCUCCAGAAAGAUCCUAUUGCCGAUGUAGAUGAUUUUUGGUGCCAAAAUGAGUUCAACCAGUCUGUUAAAAACAAUGCAAAUGGAAUUACUGAGCCAAAAUAUGAUUUGGAGAAUGGAGAAAAGUCUUCAAAACCAACUUUAAGCAGUGUUUCCUUGACUGAAACUUUCACAUAUGAUCAAAUAAAGGAACACAUUAUGAGUCUAAGGCAGGGUUUUGGUCAGAGUAUACUUGAGGAAGAAAUUGGAAUUGAUGAUAACUCAUGCGCGUUGUGUGGAAUGGAGAAGCUUUUCUUUGCUCCAGUGCCAAUCUAUUGCCUAUCUUGUGGCAAACUCAUCAAAAGAAACGCAAACUUUUACCAGAGAAGAGCAGAAGAGAUUGAUACAGAACAGUGCUUUUGCACCCCUUGUUUCAGAAAUUCUCGAGGUGAAUCUAUCCAAUUCAAUGGGGUAUCUAUUCCCAAGAAAGUACUUGAUUGUAAGAAAAACGAUUAUGUUACUGAAGAAGCGUGGGUCCAAUGUGACAAAUGUCAGAGGUGGCAACAUCAGAUAUGUGCUCUCUUCAACGAUAAGAGAAAUUCAGAAGGCAAAUUUCAGUAUGUGUGUCCCAAAUGCUGCUCAAAAGAAAUUGAAGAAGGAAUUCGUACACCCUUAGGGACUGCUAUUUUUGGUGCUAAGGACUUGCCAAGGACCAAGCUUAGUGAUCAUGUAGAGCAAAGACUCUUUUUGUGUCUUGAACAUGAGAGAGCGCACAAGGCAAAAGUUGAAGGAAAGAAUAUUGAAGAGAUUUCUGGAGCGGAAAAUCUUACUGUAAGGGUGGUGCUAUCAGUUGAAAAGCAAUUAAAAGUGAAAAAGGAGUUUCUUGACGUCCUGUCUGAGGAGAGUUACUCUCCAGAGUUCCCAUAUACAUCGAAAGUUAUUCUUUUGUUCCAGAAUAUAGAGGGAGUAGAUGUGUGUAUCUACGUUGUUUUUGUCCAGGAGUUUGGCUCAGAAUGUAGUCACCCAAAUCAUCGUUGUGUGUACAUCUCAUAUAUUGAUUCAGUCAAGCAUUUUAGGCCUCAAAGAGAGACUGUGACUGGAGAAGCUCUUCGUACAUUUGUGUAUCAUGAAAUAUUGAUUGGAUAUCUUGAAUUUUGCAAAAAACGAGGUUUUGAAAAAUGUUACAUUUGGGCUUGUCCUCCUUUAAAAGGGGAAGAUUAUGUGCUAUAUUGCCAUCCUCAGAGCCAGAAAACUCCAAAGAGUGAUAAACUAAGACGCUGGUAUCAUUCAAUGUUAAGAAAGGCCACUAAAGAAGACAUUGUAGUUGGUUUGACCAAUAUCUAUGAUCAAUUCUUUGUUUCUGCUGAAAAAUGCAACUCCAAGGUGACAGCUGCUCGUUUGCCAUACUUUGAUGGAGACUACUGGUCUGGUGCUGUUAUGAAUGAAAUCAAGAAAAUUGAACAGGAGAGUAAAGGAGAGUAUGACAAAAAGUUGAAACAAGUAUUGACCAAAAGAGCUCUAAAGUCAAUGGGACAUACAGACCCUUCAAAAGACACCGCCAAAGACAUUCUGGUGAUGCAUAAAUUGGGCCAAACUAUAUUACCCGUCAAGGAAGAUUUCAUCAUAGUCCAAUUGCAGUAUACUUGCACGCUUUGUCAUAAGGCCAUAUUGUCUGGAAAGCGAUGGUUUUGCGCUGAGUGUAGGAAAUACCAGCAGUGUGAAAGAUGCCGCACUUCUGACACACAUACUUCAAUUAAUGGGGAGAAGCAUACUCUCUGCCAGGCUGUCGUGGAUGACAUCCCUUGUGAUACUAAGGAGAAUGAUAUCGCACUGGACAAUGAUUUAUUUGAGAAUAGGAUUAACUUUUUGAGUUUCUGCCAACAGAAUCAACUUCAGUUUGACACACUCCGUCAUGCCAAGCAUUCCUCAAUGAUACUUCUCUAUCACCUCAAGAGUUCUGCUUUGCGUAAUGUUGAUUCCAGAUGCAGCAUUUGCCGUAAAGAUAAUGUGUCUCAGCUAAGCUGGAAAUGUGAUAUUUGUCCCCAGUUGUCCGUAUGCUCAACAUGCUAUGAGGAAAAAGGGGCAGCUUGCCAUCAGCACAAGUUAAGACAAUAUCCUUCCACAGCUCACUGUCUGCCAGAGAAUCAGCGGUUAGAGCAGAGAAAUGGCCGGGAACUUCUGAAAGUUCUAAGGCACACAUCUCAAUGUAACUCAACAAUAAGUCAACCAUGCUCUUACCCAAACUGUCUUCAGAUUAAAAAGUUGUUUUCCCAUGCCAAUAAGUGCACUGUUAAGGCACGUGGGGGUUGCCAACAUUGUAAGAAGGCAUGGACGGUGUUGAGUCUUCACUCAAAGAAUUGCAAGGACUCAAUGUGCCGCAUCGAGCGAUGCAAUGACAUGAAGAAAUAUGCAGAAUGGUUAGCACAGCAACGAAAAUCUCGGCGUCAAGAUGCAGUUUUAGGAUCAUCAGCGAGAGAAUAG